GACGCCACAUGCCCAGUGACGCAAUCCCGCGAGCUCUCCGGUGUUUGAAACUUGGAACACACACACACACACACACCCACAGCAGUGCUGGUGCUGGUGUCGGGCUGGCUCUGACACCGAAAAUUCAAACAUUUAUGGGUUAUUGCUGUUUGAACUGUCAGUUUUAUUGUGAGGAUUCUCCAGCUCGUUCACUGCGGUAGGUAAACUGAAGCUUGUGGAACUGCCCAAUCGAGAAGACACUGGGAGAGGAGCACGGCGGUAGCAGCUAUCUACAUCCUGUGCGUUGUGAAUCUGAGGUAUUUUCAUUAAGGAGUUUCUUGAGGCUGCUGGUUUGGAGCGGUGAAGAAGCCGUGAGCUGCUUUAAAGACUGCAAUGUAUCGCUUAAGGACUUGUGCUGCCCGGCUUCGGCCGCUCACAGCCGCACAGAACGCUCAGAAUGUUGUGCAGCAGAGGUCAGCGGCUUGUGCACUAAGGACGUUUCAACCAAACAGGUGCUACACAGCGCCUGUUGUUGCUGAGCCCUUCCUCAAUGGCACGAGUUCCAACUACUUGGAGGAGAUGUACUAUGCUUGGCUGGAGAACCCCAGGAGUGUGCAUAAGUCAUGGGACAUCUUCUUUCGCAAUGCCAGUGCUGGUGCGCCCCCCGGCGCUGCCUACCAGAGUCCCCCUCCUCCUGCGGCGAUAACGUCUUUGCUACCUCAGGCGCUGGUUGGAUCUCAAGCCAAGGUGGAGAAGCUCGUCGAGGACCACCUGGCUGUGCAGUCUCUCAUCCGCGCGUACCAGAUACGCGGGCAUCACGUUGCCCAGCUGGACCCCCUGGGAAUUAUGGAUGCUGAUCUCGAUUUGUGCGUCCCCAUGGAUAUUAUCACAUCUUCCCAUAAGCUUGGCUUUUAUGGUUUGAGCGAUUCGGACCUGGACACAGUGUUCCGACUUCCCACCACCACCUUCAUCGGGGGCAGUGAAAGCGCCCUGCCACUCAGGGAGAUCAUCCGCCGCUUAGAGAUGGCAUACUGUCAGCACAUUGGAGUGGAGUUUAUGUUCAUCAAUAACUUAGAGCAGUGCCAAUGGAUCCGGCAGAAGUUUGAGAAGCCUGGCACGAUGCAGUUCACUCCAGAGGAGAAACGUAACCUUCUAGCCCGCAUGGUCCGCUCUACUAGAUUUGAAGAGUUCCUACAGAGGAAGUGGUCCUCAGAGAAGCGUUUUGGACUGGAGGGAUGCGAAGCACUUAUCCCUGCCCUCAAGACAAUCAUUGACAAGUCGAGUGAGAACGGUGUAGAGAAUGUGAUCUUGGGCAUGCCCCACAGGGGACGUUUGAAUGUACUGGCCAACGUCAUCCGUAAAGAGCUGGAGCAGAUCUUUUGUCAGUUUGAUUCCAAGCUUGAGGCUGCUGAUGAGGGUUCAGGUGAUGUGAAAUAUCAUUUGGGGAUGUAUCACAGAAGGAUUAACCGCGCGACUGACCGCAACAUCACCCUGUCUCUGGUGGCCAACCCCUCUCACCUGGAGGCAGUGAACCCGGUAGUGCAGGGCAAGACCAAGGCUGAGCAAUUCUACUGCGGAGACACUGAAGGCAACAGGGUGAUGUCUAUUCUGCUACAUGGAGAUGCAGCAUUUGCCGGUCAGGGCAUCGUGUAUGAAACCUUUCACCUGAGUGAUCUUCCCUCCUACACCACUCAUGGCACAGUACAUGUGGUCGUCAACAACCAGAUUGGCUUCACCACUGACCCACGUAUGGCUCGCUCUUCUCCCUAUCCCACUGACGUGGCCCGGGUGGUUAAUGCCCCCAUCUUCCACGUUAAUGCUGACGACCCUGAGGCCGUGAUGUACGUGUGCAAUGUUGCUGCCGAGUGGAGGGCGACGUUCCAUAAAGACGUGGUAGUGGACUUGGUAUGUUACCGGCGGAACGGCCACAACGAGAUGGAUGAGCCGAUGUUCACGCAGCCACUGAUGUACAAACGGAUUAAAAUGCAGAAGACUGUAUUGCAGAAAUAUGCAGAGAAGCUCAUAUCAGAGGAAGUUGUCACCAGGCAGGAGUAUGAGGAAGAGAUCGCUAAUUAUGACAAGAUCUGCGAGGAGGCUUACGCACGUUCCAAAGACAAGAAGAUCCUCCACAUAAAACACUGGCUUGACUCUCCCUGGCCUGAUUUCUUCACUCUGGAUGGCCAGCCUAAGAGCAUGAGCUGUCCCUCCACCGGCCUGAAUGAAGAGCAGCUUGUCCACAUCGGAAAAGUGGCCUCCUCUGUGCCUGUUGAUGGCUUCACCAUCCACGGAGGUCUGAGCCGCAUCCUGAAGAGCAGAGAGGCGAUGGUGGAGAACCGGACGGUGGACUGGGCCCUGGCCGAGUACAUGGCCUUUGGCUCCUUGCUGAAAGAGGGCAUCCAUGUGCGACUUAGCGGCCAGGACGUGGAGAGAGGCACCUUCAGCCACCGCCACCAUGUACUGCAUGAUCAGAAGGUAGACAAGAAAACUUGCAUCCCUAUGAAUCACCUCGACCAAAACCAAGCUCCUUACACUGUGUGCAAUAGCUCGCUGUCUGAGUAUGGGGUAUUAGGCUUUGAGUUGGGCUUUGCGAUGGCUAGCCCUAAUGCACUGGUGCUCUGGGAGGCACAGUUCGGAGACUUCCACAACACAGCCCAGUGCAUCAUCGACCAGUUUAUCUGCGCUGGCCAGGCCAAGUGGGUGCGCCAAAAUGGCAUUGUCCUACUGCUUCCCCAUGGCAUGGAGGGAAUGGGUCCUGAACACUCCUCUGCUCGUCCAGAGCGCUUCCUUCAGAUGUGCAACGAUGAUCCUGAUGUUUUCCCUAAAAUCACAGCUGACUUUGAGGUGCAGCAGCUCUAUGACUGUAACUGGAUCGUGGUGAACUGCUCCACCCCAGCCAACUACUUUCAUGUGCUGAGGAGGCAGAUCCUUCAAGCGUUCCGCAAACCUCUAAUUAUUUUCACCCCCAAAUCCUUGUUACGUCACCCGGAAGCCAAGUCCAAUUUUGACGACAUGCUCCAAGGCACACACUUCAAGCGUUUGAUCCCAGAGGAGGGCUCAGCAUCCCAGAAUCCAGCUGCAGUAAAGCGCAUCAUCUUCUGCACUGGCAAAGUGUACUAUGACCUGACCAAACAGCGCAAGAACAAAGAAAUGGAGGCUACUGUGGCUAUUGCCCGCAUCGAACAGCUCUCUCCAUUCCCGUUUGACUUGGUGAAGGCAGAGAUUGAUAAGUAUCCAGAGGCUGAGCUGGUGUGGUGCCAAGAGGAGCACAAGAACCAGGGUUACUAUGACUACAUCAGGCCGCGCAUCCACACCACCAUUGCCCAUGAACGUCCUGUCUGGUACGCUGGGCGUGAGCCUGCUGCUGCCCCGGCCACUGGGAACAAGAAAGCCCAUCUACUGGAGCUGGAUCGUUUCCUGAACACAGCCUUCAACCUGGAUGCCUUCCAGGACCAGCCCUAAACACCACUCCACCCAAAACCCCCUGCUGCCUGCUAGGAAAGCGCCACCCUUUCAUCUGUCUUCAUCUCCAGCCACAGAUACAAUGAUUCUGUUCCCCAGUCAUUACGCUGGCACCGUCUCUGUAUUGCAACAGUAAUAGAGCAUCAGAGAUGGUAAGUCAGGCUAGACUUUUUUAAAAUUAAAUUCAAAACACUGGAUGAAACUGGGACCAUUAUGCAGAUAUUCCAGGAGAGAUGGGAGACAGACUGCACGUCUUCAAUAUUGCGGCUUUUACUGCUGACAUGGUGCAUGAAUCAAUAAACAUUUUAGACUUUUUUUUUUUAAACACUAUUUAUGUAUCAAAGCGCACACAAAAAUGCAAUGAAAGGUUUGUGACACUCCGUGUACACCUUUGUCCAAACAUGCGUUUCUAAGCAGGAGUACAAGACCAGUACAAGUAAAGGUUUUAUGAGCGAGUCGAAGGAAAUGGACAAUUUUUCAUGGAUCGAACCUGUGGAUAUUGUUUUUAACAGGUUGUGAAUGGAAUAUUUUAUGCUUGCCCGUUUUAGAUAUUAAAUUUCACUGACCAAUUGAUUGUACACAUGACCCAUUUGUCCUGUGGCAAUAACUCAGGCUUUGCAAAGGAGAAGAGCGAAAGCAGAGUAUAUACCUCUUCUGUUAUUUAUAUCCUUCUCAAUUCUUCUCUUCGCUGACCUCUAUGCUAAAACAUAACACUCAGGAGGCUACUCAAACAGAAAGAUGAAAUAUCCUUUUAUCGUCAAACAUGAUGUCAAACAGACCUCUACAAAACUAGUGAAAGGAAAUUUUAUUUAUUUUCUUAAUAUUGUUUGUUGGAUUCUUAAAAUACCUCACUCAAUAAAAGCAUCUUGGUUUCAUUGA